AGUUACCACUUUAGGAAUGUGUCACUUGUGGUAUAAAAGCAAAAUUUUUCUAAAAUUAUCCAUCAGUCACAAGCCAGCCCAGGUUUGCAUACAAGUUCAUCUAGUCACUGGUAUAUAAUCAUGUACCGCAUUUUGGUUGUCGCGGGGUGUGUCGCAGUAGCCCUGUCGGCAGAAAUUAAACAAAAAACGAAGCUACAUCAACAGAAAAAUUCGUUGGAUGCUUUGAAGUCCUUUGGCAUUGGAGCCUCUUCCGGGGCGGUGGGUUCCUCUGGUGAAGUGAAAGAGGUCGCCAAGGAAGGAAUCGUCGCCAAACGUGGCGCAGCCUCGCACGGAAGUAGCUAUGCCUUCAACAGCGCUGGAGGUGGGGACGAUAAGGGAGGAAGCGGAGAUGCUGGAGGAGGAGGUUGGGGAUGGGAAAAACCGAAGGAGGUCAAGAAGGGGUGGGGUCAUGAGGAGGGAGGUGGAGGUCAUGACAAAGGUUGGGGAUGGGAAGGGCCCAAGGAAGAAAAGAAGGGGUGGGGCUGGGAAAAACCAAAGGAAGUUAAGAAGGGGUGGGGAUGGGAGGAGCCCAAGGAGGAGGUGAAAGGUUGGGGAUGGGAAAAGCCCAAGGAAGUGAAAAAGGGAUGGGGCCAUGAAGAGGGAGGUGCAGGACAUGACAAAGGCUGGGGAUGGGAAGGGCCAAAAGAGGAGAAGAAGGGGUGGGGUUGGGAAAAACCAAAAGAGGUCAAAAAGGGGUGGGGAUGGGAGGGGCCAAAGGAAGAAGUCAAAGGUUGGGGAUGGGAGGGGCCUAAAGAAGAAGUGAAAGGUUGGGGGUGGGAGGGGCCAAAGGAGGAGGUCAAAGGUUGGGGAUGGGAAGGGCCUAAGGAGGAGAAGAAGGGCUGGGGAUGGGAGGGGCCAAAGGAAGAGGUCAAAGGUUGGGGUUGGGAGGGACCCAAGGAAGAAGUAAAGGGUUGGGGGUGGGAGGGGCCCAAGGAAGUAAAACAUGGUGGUGGUGACGAUAGCAAAGGCUGGGGUUGGGAUGGAGGCAAAGAACAUGACCAAGGUCAUGCCCCAUGGAGCGGUUCAUCCUAUGGAUUUGUAGGCGGUGGUGGAGGGUGGGGUGUCCACGAAGGCGAAUCAGAGGGGAUCAAAGGAUUCCUAUAAACGUAGUCAAAUUAGACACACAUUAAGUAUUCCCAUUUACAAGUCUGCAACAUGAUUCUCAAUUUCUGUUUCAUAUAUCUUCUCUCUCAAAGAGACAUUGUACGGGUGUGAAUAUGAACAUGAAUAAAUACAUAAAAAAUAUUCCAAUAA